GGGAGAGAGAAAGAGAGAGAAAGAGAGAGAAGGAAAAAGAGAGAGAAAGAGAGAGAAAGAGAGAAAAAGAAAAAGUGACGAACAAACGCGUUUUUUCUUUCUAACGAAAGAGAUUACCACAAAAGUGUGUGCUGUGUAACGUGGCGAUUGGAUCGAAGAGAAGACGCUUUUAGAUUGACAUCUCUCCGAUCCUCCUAGUAGCGCUGCCGAGAGCAGACUGAUACACCACUCUCUUUUAUUCAGCUUCACGCGCGCUCUUUUAACCACUCUUAUACAAUUGCGCUGCGCAAAGCGCUGCACAUUUUACCCUUUAAACGGAACUCCCUCACCGGCCGGCUGUUAAAUGCUGCCAUUUGCAGACGCCAGGAGCGCGACUGGUUAUCAAAGAAGUUUUUUUUCAUCUUUCUUUGUUUACUAUUUAUAAUUUCUUUUUGCUAAAAAAUUACAAAUUUUAUGCGAAUCAUUUAACUCUUAUUAAUGAAUACAAAUGUUAUGGCUUCACAAUUUUUGUCAUAAUGUAAUCUUACGUUAUGAAUCGUAUGAUUCCGUAACACGUGAAUCCAUAUGUGCUCUUAAUUUAUACUAAUAUAAUACAGGAAAGACUAAUGAAAUAGUUAAUAUGGAACUGGAGACUAAGAUUAUAAUAAAGGGUGCGAGAAAACAAAAGCGUGCAUACCACAGACUUAUUAAGGAUAUGAAUAUUAAAUGUUGUGAUAAGCCUAUGAAAAAUAUACUAAUUUGCAAUGCAGGAUUAUCAACUGGUUUUGAUAAAGUGAUGUUACAGAAUAUCGUUUCUCCUAUAAUAUCUAAUUGUGAAUUCAUCAUGCCGCAAGGACGAUCUUAUUGUUUCAUUAAAUGUCAGUUAGAAACUGAUGCUAUUGAAUUGUACAAUAAAAUACAUGGACGUUUUAAAUUGAAUGGUCAAAAUACACCGUUGUAUUUGACAUAUACUGAAUCAGUACCAAAUUUAUAUAAGAAUACACAUGAUUCUGUAUUACCACCUGGUCUUAAACUAAUAGAAAAUUUUAUAAAUGAAGAAGAAGAGAAGUCCUUAUUGAACAUAAUUGAUUGGACAGAAAUGGGAUCUUUUUCAUCUGAUCUGAAGCAAAGAAAAGUAAAACACUUUGGAUAUGAAUUUCAAUAUCAUUCAAAUAAAGUUGAUCCUAAUUUACCAAUUAUACCAAUUCCAGAAGAAUGUAAUUUUUUACAAGAUUUAUUUAAAAAACAUGGAUGUGGAGCAUAUGACUAUGAUCAACUUACUAUCAACCAUUAUUUACCUGGUCAAGGAAUACCUCCACACAUUGAUACACAUAGUCCUUUCGAAGAUACUAUACUUUCUUUAUCAUUGAGUUCUUCGUGUGUUAUGAAUUUUAAAAAAGGAGAUAUGAAAGUCGAUGUUGUUCUACCUCAACGUUCAUUGUUAGUUAUGACUGGUGAAGCUCGUUAUGCAUGGACACAUGGAAUUUCUUCGAAAUAUAAUGAUUUAAUUGAAACUACUAAUGGAGUUAUGAAACAAACGCGAGGUGUAAGAACUUCAUUCACAUUUCGAAAAAUACGAACAGGUCCUUGUUCUUGUAUGUUUAUAGAAUAUUGUGAUUCAAAGAAGGACUCCUUUUCUUCUUUUGUAGACAAUAAGUCAGCAGCAGAAUUAGAACAAUCUUAUGUACAUAAAGUAUAUGAUGAAAUCUCAGAUCAUUUUAGUGAAACUCGAAGUAAAGGCUGGCCUAAUGUAAUCAAAUUUUUAAACAGUUUAAAUGAUGGUGCAUUAGUAGUAGAUGUUGGUUGUGGAAAUGGCAAAUAUCUUCAAACAAAUGAAAAUAUUUUUAAAAUUGGCUGUGAUCGAAGUUUUAAAUUAGCAGAAAUAUGUAGAGAACGAAAUUUUGAAGUACUUUUAUCUGAUUGCUUACAUUUACCAUAUAAAGACAAUUCUGUAGAUUCUGUGAUAAGUAUUGCUGUUAUUCAUCAUUUGUCAACUCAAGAAAGAAGAAAAAGAGCAAUAUCUGAAAUGGUACGAAUACUUCGACCAUAUGGUAAAUGUUUGAUCUACGUAUGGGCAAAAGAUCAAAAUAGAAAUUCCAAACAAUCUAAUUAUUUAAAAUAUAAUACAAAUAAGAAAAAUGAAAAAGAAAAUGAUAAAUGUAUAUUACAAAUAACUGAUCAAAAUUUGUUACUUCCUAUACAUAGAAAUCGUACAGAAUUUACUCACAGCGAUAUGCUUGUACCUUGGAAAAAAAGAAGUGGUGAUAAUUUUCUUAGAUAUUAUCAUCUUUUUGAAGAAAAAGAAUUAUCAGAAUUAUGUUCAGAGAUUCCUUUGGUAUUGAUCAAGAAUACUUACUACGAUCAAGGUAAUUGGUGUAUAAUUUUAGAAAAGAAUAUAUAAGACUGUAUAAAAAUAAAGAUACCAAAAUAAAAUAGUUUUUGUAGUACCUAUUUUGAUAAUUGUACAUACACACACAUAUAUAUAAUAUAAAAAGCUUUAUUUUUAUACAUAAAUCAUUUUGUUACAUGAUUUUUUUCAAAAGUUCAGAACAGCCAUGUCUUGAACCUUCAUUUUUAAAAUCAGAGAAUUACAUCUGUACUCAUUAUUAUUGUAAAAUUAAAUUAGUUUAAUAUAAAAUUUUACACCAAUGCCAGUCUUAAGGCUGUUCAUCAUCAUUCUCUCGAAGCGUACGUGACUUUAGCGAUAAAUAUGGACAAAAUAUGAACUACAAAUGCAAGUGGAGAACGCUAUUCUCAUCGUGGGCCUAUCCCUAUCAGUGUAUAAGCUUGUUUGAUAUACUCUUCUUAUGCAUAAAUAACAAUCGGUUUCUUAUAGGUAAAGUAAGUAGUCUAGUAAGCUAUAAUUCAAUCCCUCAUAUUUAUAUCUUUUUUGUAUAGUAGUCUCCGUCUUACAAUGAUUUGUGCUAGAUACGACGUUGAUAUAAAUUUGUUUCACGAUAAAUGCAUAAAAAAUAAUAAAUAUAAUGAAUACAUAAUAAUUAGUAUAUAAAUUUGCUAAUUUAAAAAAAUUAUCUUUGAAUUUAAUUAUAUCUUAUUUAUUUAUCUGUAAAAGUAUUAUUGAUAAUGUAAAGUGUUAGUAUAUUAUAAUUAUAAUACUUAUAUUAUAAUCAGAAUUACAUUGAAGAGAAUUUGAAAAUACAUUGAAUUAUGCAGCCA